AUUGUUAUUUAUGGAGACGUGCCAAAGAAAAAAGAGAAUGUAGUCUACCUUUCCAACCAUCAAUGCACAGCGGACUGGAUCAUUGCUGACAUGUUAGCCAUUAGGCAGAAAGCACUUGGCCAUGUGAGAUACGUCCUAAAAGAUGGGCUGAAAUGGCUCCCAUUAUACGGAUGGUAUUUCUCUCAGCAUGGAGGUGUCUACGUGAAGCGAAGCGCAAAGUUUGACGAGAAGGCAAUGAAAAAGAAGCUCUCUUCACAGACAGUGUUGGGAACACCAAUGUAUCUUGUCAUCUUCCCAGAAGGAACCCGAUACAACCCUGAACUCAAGAAGAUGAUCAGCGACAGUCAGGCUUUUGCCACUAAAGAAGGUGCUCUUUCAUACUUUCACAUUGAUUUAUAAAUUCCGAGCUAGUGUAUUCUUUCAUGACUAAUAGCAAAGCUUUGGGAAGGAUUAACGAAUAGAGGUCAUGUAGGGGUAAUGCAUUGGAACGGGUACUUCACCUUCUUCCCCUCCCAUGCUUAAUGGAUUCCUUAUCCCACAUUGAAAGUGAUUGUUGUAGCACUGCUUUCUUUUUAAACCUUUAACCUCAGCAACUUCCCAGUGGCCAUGUUCAGUGGCAGAAUACAGAGGAGGAC